AUGUUAAAUAAUUUAUUUGAGUCAUUAUGUGUAACAAGUGCUUUGGAGAUCAGGUCGAAUCUUUAUUUCUGCUCUCCUCCCUUUAUAUACAUCAAUGAAUAGAAAUACUAAUUCAAUGCUAAGACCAUCUACCUGCUGGAUAACGUCAUUGUGAUUUAUACGAUAGAUAAUUGCAUCAAAUUUGUCAAUUAAGACUUGGAAGUGCUUUCCUCCUACACACUUCCCCAAAUACCAUUAGCCAUAUAUCCUUAUAAGGAUUUCAUAGUGCUGGACUACCAAUACGAAUAUUAGGUUUGUAAAAUCGAUGAAAUCGACAACCUGAUAAAGAAAAACAAAAUUGUGAGUUUUGCGCCAAAUCCCACCAAUUAAUUAACAUAUGUGAUCAAACAAAAAUUGAUGGAAUGCAAUGUCGUCUACUCUCAUAAAUUUAUGGAUAUAGAAAUGGGUGUUGAACAGAUCUACUGCAUAUCCAAAACCUAACCUCACUUCCUCUACCAAAGCAUUGUAUUUCCCCAACUAACAAUCAUCGACUUGCAUAGAUGCGAAGAACUGUACCAUAUCGAAUUUGGAUCGUAAAUCGAAUAGAUAUUCCUGUAUCAUAACACCUUUUUACUUCAAAGUGAGAACAAAUUGUUCCAAAUGCAAAACCAAGAAAUUGUUGAAUUCAACUCAAACAUCUAAUUCAGAAUUAGCUGUGUAGUCGAAUUCAACAAUCAAACCUUUUUUGGAUCCAUAAACGAUAAUUCCAUCCUCGUUAAGGAUAAUUAGAUUAUUAAAGAGUUCUAUAAUUUGGGCUAAAUAGUAGACAUACAUCCUUGUAAUCAAAUAUGUUUCAUAGCAAGUUACAAUAAGAAAUAUCCAGUAAGUCUAUUUAGAAAAGGAAUUAAUGAAAAUGUCUUGGAAAGAUACAAAUUAACAAAUGAAUUGAGACCAAGGAAGAUCUUCUACAUAAAUCCGUCCUUGAUGAUGCUUAGCUUCUCUUAGACCUCUGAAAUCUACACCAUCCCUCAAUUCAUUAUUGCAGACAUCAAAGUGAUCAAGAAUUAAAAGACACUCUUUAUCCAUUAACUCUCCAGUAUGAUGUUGUUACAAAUUACAUCCAAUAAAGUGAUAUUCCUGCAAUCAUAUGAAAAUAUCAUAUAUCAAGAAGAGUUUUAUUAGAAGAUAAAGGAUUGCAGAUUAGAUUUAGCUAAUAAAGCCUUAUAUCUCUACUUAGGCAAUAAUGAAUUAAGAUUGUACACAGUCAACGAUUCCAACAUUACAUUGAUCUCUUAAUAAGUAAUCAAUCGUCUUAGUGCAUUCUAAAUCAUAAAUAAGAAACUUCACUAUAGCACUUGGUUUUAAUUUGAAUUACAUAAUUUUAAUGACUAAUAACAUUAUUCCAUCAAUAAUAUCAACAGUACUAUUGUAUCUAUUGAAUAAACUCAGAAUUUCAUUUUAUUGGGUUUGAUUGAUGGUAAUUUGGUCACUUUGGCUUCUGAUACAUACAGAGUUCACAAAAUAUUCUAAAUUAGCAACACUCAUCCUAUUAAAUUGAUGAAAUUUAACAAUAAAGUGAUAAUAUUUUCACAUCAUAUUUACAUGAUUGACAAUUAACUUUAAUAAAUUAUUGUGAAUUGGGAUCAUCUCUACGAUAUUAGCUUCCAAAAUGACAAACUUAUUGGGAUUGUUUAAAAUGAAAUCUAAAUGGUUACUUUGAGUUAGGGAUCUAGUUCAUAAUGCAGAGAAUUAAAAUUCAUCAAGAACUUAGAGAUUAAAAACUUGAGAUUUUUUAAGGAUCAUUUGAUAGUUUUAACAACUUAGAAUUUAUUGUUGAGCUACUUCGAUGAUCAAUUAAAAACACAAUCUCAAUAACAAUUUUAAAUAGAAAAAAUGGAAUAAUAUAAUAACAUAUAUUUGGCAGGAUUCACAGAAUCUUAAUAAGGAAAAAUCAAUAUUGUAAAUGAAUAGCUAUAAUUAAUUUAUAAUUAUACAUAUUCAGAACCAAUCUAUGAUCUCAAAUUCCAUUAAAAUGUUAUCUUUUUUUCAACUGAAACUGCUAUUCAUUCAAAUGAUGGAUAAUUUGUACACAAUUUCAAUGUUCCACUCAAGGGAUUUGACAUCAAAGAUAAAUACUUCUUAAUAUAUGAGAAUUUCAAAGGAGCCCAUUUAUUUUAUUAUGAUGAAAAGAUGAUAGCCUUAGGAAGUUUGAAUUGUCCUUGUCAAUAUGCUUCCUUUUAUUACGACGAUAUCAUUUGCUUCUCUGAAAAUGAUGUAAAAAUUGCAAAGUUGAAUUUGCUUACAUUCACUAUUAGUGAACAGAUGGAAAUUGCUGUAUCAAACCCCAUUGAAGUCACUUGCGUUAAGGAUAGGUAUUAUGGAACUCUAUAUGGUGUAUUAGGAUAUUAUGAAUGA